AGAGAAGUGUUCAUCAUUUAGCCCGCGGGUGUCCCAUAAUCAUAAACGCUCUUUUCCUUAGUCUUAACGAACAUACAUGUUCAAAUGAUUAGUCCCUCCAGACUAUAAAAGCUACUUCAAAGACAACCAAAUUCACCAGAAGAGGAUCCACUGAUUCUGUAGUGAGACGCGCUCGGGUCACUAUUUAGUGAUACCUAAAAUAUAAUUUUGAUAGUUAUUUCGUUUAUGUUUUAUUAAUAAAAAUUAUUAAUCAUGAAGUUUAAGCUGGUGGUGCUGCAACUUCUUCUAUUCUCAACAUCCGUGAUUGUUGCUAAAUCAAUCAAUAAAAGAGAAGCUCCUUUGUCAGAGUACGGGCUGCCGCCACCACCCUUACCAUCAUAUGGAUCUCCAGCUCCUUCGUAUGGACCUCCAGCGCCUUCGUAUGGACCUCCAGCCCCUUCGUAUGGACCUCCAACGCCUUCGUAUGGACCUCCAGCCCCUUCGUAUGGACCUCCAGCUCCUUCGUAUGGACCUCCAGCCCCUUCAUAUGGACCUCCAGCCCCUUCGCAUGGACUUCCAGCUCCUUCAUAUGGACCCCCAUCAUCGGAUCAUAAUACUGGGUACAAUUAUCCUGCACCUUCGAUACCUAGUGGUGAAUGGAAGAAAAAACUGACAUGGAAAGAAGAAUGGAAACAAGUGUGGAAAAAUGAAAAAAAAUUAGAGUGGAAGCAGGAAUGGAAAAAAGUUCAAGUACCUGCGUGGAAAGAAAUUCAAGUUCCAGCAUGGAAAGAGAUUAAAGUUGAACAGUGGAAAAAAGUUCAGACACCUGUGUGGGAAAAAAUACAAACUCCAGCUUGGAAAGAAAUUCAGGUUCCUGAGUGGAAAAAAAUAUGGAAGCCUGUCUGGAAUACUGUUCAAGUGCCAGUGUGGAAAGAAGUUCAGGUGCCGGAGUGGAAGCAUAUUUGGAUUCCUGAGUGGGUUGAAACUGAACAUAGCAAUCCUCAUCAAGGCUAUGAACCAACAGCUCCAAGUUAUGGUCCUCCAGCACAAAGUUACGGUGUUCCAUCACAAAGUUAUGGCCCUCCUGCUCCAAGUUACGGACCUCCUACUCAAGAUUCUGGAGAUGGUUAUCAUUACGAUGCUCCUACUCCAUUACCUCCGAGCAAAAAAAUGAUCUGGAAAUCAGUUUGGAAAAAGAUUUGGAAAACUGAGAAAAAACAAGUUUGGGAAUCGAAGAAAAAAAUGGAGUGGAAAGCUGAGUGGAAAAAAGUUUGGAAAACUGAAAAAAAGCAAAUUUGGCAAACUGACAAAAAACUUGUAUGGAAAAGCCAGGAUGUUAAAGUCUGGGUACCGUCUAAAAAACAGGUAUGGAUACCCCAAAAAGUGAAGGUUUGGAAAGAUGAGUGGAAGAGUAAGAAAAUACCUGUAUGGAAGAAUGUGCAGGUGCCAACAUGGAAGAAAGUCUGGAAACCAGUGUGGGAGAAAGUUUGGGUACCAGCAGAUUUGCAUCACCAUCAAGACGAAUAUCCCGGAUAUCACUGAUGAGAUUAAUUUUAUUUAAUAUUUUAAAAAUGUAAUCAAAAAGGAGAAAAAAUUUUUUUUCCUUCCAGAGUAUUAUUGUCGG